GUUUUUUCGAUCGACCGGACACAGGUUUAAAUACGGUUCCGGUGCACCAACGUGACCACCAGUCCCGAACCGUCCGCCGGUCGAUCAGUAAGCACCGUUAGCACACCGUGUUGUCAGCACCAUCGUCAUGAAGUGGCUGUUCCUGUUGAGCUUCCUGCUGUGCGCGAUGUUGGCCGCGGCCGGCAAGUACAGCUGUCCCGCCUGUCCGGCCAACUAUCUGCCGGUUUGCGGAACCGACGGCAAAACCUACUCGAACGAGUGUGCGCUCGAGUGCACGGUUGGGCCAGCGGUGAAAGUGGCCCGCUCUGGGGCGUGCUAGCCGCACACCAACCGGACACAGCCAGGACACGGUGGUUGGCGGCGAGAACGUGCCGCUAGGACCGUGGGCACCACGCAUACCGAUAGGCGGUUAGGUUUAGUGACAGUUUUAUCCUUCGGAAUAAAAUGAUGUGUGUAUAAUAAAUGUUGGUUGCUUUUGGAUUUUAGAAAAAUUAC